CACGUCGGUGUCUCGAGCUGUUCGGAGCGUCUCUCGCUUUGCUCGCGCUGUCGUCGUUUCCAGUCAGAAGAGAGAAACGGCGAAGCUUCGCGGCUGUACUUAAAUUUUAUAGAUUUGUUUUAAAUAAAAAUAAAAAAAAAAGACGAAAAAGUUAUAUUAUUUGUGAUUUAUUUUCUUUUUUCUUUUUUUUUUUUUUUUUUUUUUUUAAAUAAAGCGUUACCUUGCUCGCGGGAGUUGCCGGAGACAUAAAGAGGAGAAAAAAGAGGACGGAUCUUGGUGGAACGAGAGACUGCUGGCAGAGGGAGAGACGCAUUUUUCUUUUUUUUCUGAAGAGAGGAAGAAACGCAAAGAGCGUUAUCAGCGCGGUUUCAAAAGCAUGCACCGCUUAAGGACUUGUGCAGCAAGGCUGAGGCCCCUGGCGGCCUCGCGGACUGUUCAGAAUUAUUCACACAAACAGCCGGCCGCGCCCAGGACGUUUCAGCCAAUCAGGUGCUUCACCGCACCGGUAGCGGCCGAGCCAUUCCUCAGCGGGACUAGUUCGAACUAUGUCGAGGAGAUGUACUUUGCCUGGCUGGAAAACCCCAAAAGUGUACAUAAGUCAUGGGAUGUUUUCUUCCGCAACGCGAAUGCAGGCGCCCCUCCAGGCAUGGCCUACCAGAGCCCUCCCCCGCUGGGCAUGAGUCUGUCCGGCCUGGCUUCGGCACAGUCCCUGGUCUCGGCCCAGCCCAACGUGGAGAAGCUGGUGGAGGAUCACCUCGCUGUGCAGUCACUCAUCCGGGCUUAUCAGAUUCGUGGGCACCACGUAGCUCAGCUGGAUCCUUUGGGAAUCAUGGAUGCCGAUCUGGACUCGUUCGUCCCAGCAGAUAUAAUCACGUCCUCCGACAAACUCGACCUUUCCCUGUUCAAGAAUCGGCUGGGGAUGUUAACCGUAGGAGGGUUCUACGGGCUGGACGAGUCGGAUUUGGACAAAGUGUUCCGGCUGCCGACCACCACGUUCAUCGGUGGCAGCGAGAGCGCCCUGCCUCUGAGGGAGAUCAUCCGCAGGCUGGAGAUGGCAUACUGCCAGCACAUCGGCGUGGAGUUCAUGUUCAUCAACGACCUGGAGCAGUGCCAGUGGAUCCGGGAGAAGUUCGAGAAGCCCGGGGUGAUGCAGUUCACUCUGGAUGAGAAGCGGACCCUGCUGGCCCGAAUGGUCCGCGCCACCAGGUUCGAGGAGUUCCUGCAGAGGAAGUGGUCAUCGGAGAAGCGCUUCGGUCUGGAGGGCUGUGAGUCCCUCAUCCCGGCGCUGAAGACCAUCAUCGACCGGUCCAGCGCGAACGGAGUGGACAACGUGAUCAUGGGCAUGCCGCACAGGGGUCGUCUCAAUGUUCUUGCCAAUGUGAUCAGGAAGGAGCUGGAACAGAUCUUCUGCCAGUUUGAUUCCAAACUCGAGGCUGCUGAUGAGGGCUCCGGCGAUGUGAAGUACCAUCUGGGGAUGUACCACCGCAGGAUUAACCGCGUGACGGAACGUAACAUCACGCUGUCACUCAUGGCAAACCCCUCCCACCUGGAGGCCGUGGACCCCGUGGUGCAGGGCAAGACCAAGGCAGAGCAGUUCUACUGCGGGGACACGGAUGGCAAGAAGGUGAUGUCUAUCCUUCUGCACGGCGAUGCUGCGUUUGCUGGCCAGGGCAUCGUGUACGAGACCUUCCACCUGAGCGACCUGCCCUCCUACACCACCCACGGCACGGUGCACGUGGUCGUCAACAACCAGAUUGGCUUCACCACGGACCCCCGAAUGGCUCGCUCGUCUCCCUACCCCACGGACGUGGCCCGCGUGGUCAACGCGCCCAUCUUCCACGUGAACGCAGAUGACCCAGAGGCCGUGAUGUACGUGUGCAACGUGGCCGCGGAGUGGAGGGCCACGUUUCACAAGGACGUGGUCGUGGAUCUGGUGGGAUACAGACGCAACGGCCACAAUGAGAUGGACGAGCCCAUGUUCACCCAGCCCCUGAUGUACAAGCAGAUCAAGAAGCAGAAACCGGUGCUGCAGAAAUACGCAGAGAGACUGACAUCCGAGGGAGCUGUGACCCAGCAAGAGUACGAGGAAGAGAUUUCGAAGUAUGAUAAGAUCUGCGAGGAGGCGUACGAGAGAUCCAAGGAUGAGAAGAUCAUGCAUAUCAAGCACUGGCUGGACUCGCCCUGGCCCGGUUUUUUCACCCUGGAUGGCCAGCCCAAGAGCAUGAGCUGCCCCCACACGGGGCUGAGCGAGGAGGACCUGACUCACAUCGGAGAGGUGGCCAGCUCUGUACCUGUGGAGGACUUCACCGUUCACGGAGGUCUGAAGCGGAUCCUGAAGAGCCGUGCAGACAUGAUAAAGUCCCGCACGGUGGACUGGGCGCUGGGGGAGUACAUGGCUUUCGGCUCCCUGCUGAAGGAGGGGAUCAACGUGCGGCUCAGUGGGCAGGACGUGGAGAGAGGCACCUUCAGCCAUCGUCACCAUGUGCUGCAUGAUCAGAAUGUGGAUAAGAGGACCUGCAUCCCCAUGAACCACCUCUGGCCCAACCAGGCCCCCUACACUGUGUGCAACAGCUCCCUGUCUGAGUACGGAGUGCUGGGGUUCGAGCUGGGCUUCGCCAUGGCCAGUCCCAAUGCGUUGGUUCUGUGGGAAGCUCAGUUUGGGGAUUUCAACAACACAGCCCAGGGAAUCAUCGACCAGUUCAUCUCCCCGGGCCAGGCCAAGUGGGUCCGGCAGAACGGCAUCGUGCUGCUCCUGCCCCACGGCAUGGAGGGCAUGGGCCCCGAACACUCCUCCGCUCGGCCGGAGCGCUUCCUGCAGAUGUGCAACGAUGACUCGGACAUGUUUCCGAAAAUCACGGAUGAUUUUGCAGUGCGCCAGCUGUACGACUGUAACUGGAUCGUGGUGAACUGCUCCACCCCAGCCAACUACUUCCAUGUGCUGAGACGCCAGAUCCUGCAGCCCUUCAGGAAGCCUCUCAUCAUCUUCACACCCAAGUCUCUGCUUCGUCACCCUGAAGCCAAGUCCAGCUUCAACGACAUGAACUCAGGGACUGACUUCCUGCGGCUGAUUCCGGACGUCAGCGCAGAGUCGCGGAGCGCGGCCUCGGUGAAGCGGCUUGUGUUCUGCACCGGGAAGGUUUACUAUGAGCUGAAUCGCGAGCGAACGGCCCGUGGCAUGGAGGCCGACGUCGCCAUCGCCAGGAUCGAGCAGCUGUCUCCCUUCCCCUUCGAUCUGGUGAAGGCGGAGGUUGAGCGCUUCCCCAAUGCAGAGCUGGUGUGGUGCCAGGAGGAGCACAAGAACCAGGGAUACUACGACUACGUGAAGCCGCGCAUCCGGACCACCAUCAACCGCGAGCGGCCCGUCUGGUAUGCAGGUCGUGACCCCGCCGCGGCCCCUGCCACCGGUAACAAACACACUCACCUGCAGGAGCUGAAGCGCUUUCUGGACACAACCUUCAACAUGGAGGCCUUCAAGGGGCUGUCCUAGAGGAGUUCCCCCUCCCCCUCCCCCACACUGUCCACGCUCAGUCUUCAACGUGGGGGCCUUCGAGGGGGCCCCCCCCCACACACACUCUCCACACUCUGCAAACUCGCCUCCACUGCUCCUGUCAGCCUGUCCAUCCGCCCAGAAAAAAUAAAACUGCAAACGAAGACCUAAGGUGUGAUUUGAAGCUCUUGGAGCUUCGGUUUCGUUCCCCUCGACAGUGUCUGCUGCCUCUAGAGCCUACGGGACAUCAGCACUGUAGUCUGUGCAUGCUACUGACUUCUCACAUCCUGCUCGUGAAUCAUCUGUAUUAAUAUUAUUGAUAUUAUUGUUUUGUUUGCUUUCUUUUCAAAAACAAAAUUUAUAUUACGAUGGGAUAGAAUUAAAAGAAAUUUAAAAACGCAUGAAAAAAAACCCAAAGAAAAUAUGACAGAUGGAUAAGACUUUUUUCGCAAAUCAAUCAGUCAUUAAAAUCUACCAAUGCAGAAUUAAAAAACAAUACAUUAAAAAAUAAAUCAUGUGAAGGUUAGAACGAACAGACCGGCCACUGGGCAGGCAGAGGUGUCUCCUGCUGCCUCUCCUUCCACGACCUGAAACGCAUCGUUUUCAUGACGGAAGAUCAUGCAUUUACACACACAGAGUACACGUGAGCUGUUAACAGGCAAAUCUAGCUAUCUAUCUAUAUCUAUCGAUUGGAUAGAGAGAGAGCUGUCUAUAUAUAGAUGGAUAUAGAGAGAUAUAUCUAUAUUUCGGAGUGCAGUUUGUACAUUUUGUGAAUUAGGGAAUUUUUUAUUCGAGUGCAAAAUAGAAAACUCGUACAAAAAAACAGAACAGAAAACAAAAAGUAAAAAGUAGAAGAGUUGAGUUGACAGGAUUUGUAGCGAGGGCCUGGAUUGAAAUCCGUGCAGCACGGCUGCCAUGGAGCAGAAGAGGAAAAAUGAACCGGCGCUUUCAAAACAAAGGAAAAACAAACAGGUUUUCGAAUCUGUAAGAGUUGUGCCGUUGCCUGCAUGCUUAAAGACGGCUUUGAUUUGAGGUCUGGGUUACAGAGCGGUUCACAGCGUGUGUUUAUCACCGGUACAGCUCUGUGUGUCUGUCCUCAGUGUCGCCCCUGUGCCAAACCCAAGAGAAACUAAACAGGGCGGCUUUAAAGGAAAAUAAAAGAUAUCAAAUAAUCACCACUCGUGUUAUGAAAAGAUCUCUCUGGGAUAAAAGCUGAUUUUAUUUAUUUUCAUAUAUAAGUGAUUUAAAGGUGUCUUUUUUUUUGUUUGUUUUUUUUUUAUUGUAAUUCUUUUUCCUUUUUUUUUUUUUUUGUGUUGCUUCAUUCAAUAAAGGCAUUAUCUUCUCCA